CUGAAACGUCCUUCAUCAAAGAUUAUAACUAACUUGUUAAUUAUCGGAUAUUGUUUUUGUACAUGGGUGUCAAUUAACGAAGAUGAUGGAAACGGAGACAAAAGCAGGGACAAUCCAAAGAAGUGAACCAGUAAAUGGACUCCUUACCUAUUAUCGCUACCGUAUUGCUGAUUACGAGGCAUUGCUAAAUGAAAAGGAGCAAACUAGACGUAGACUUGUAGCACAAAGAAAUGAACUAAAUGCAAAGGUUAGGGCACUUAAAGACGAACUCCACGCGCUUCUGGAGUCAGGUAGUUUCGUCGGCGAAGUGGUUAAGCAAAUGUGCCAAGAUAAAGUGCUGGUAAAAAUUAGCCUUGAAGGGAAGUAUGUCGUGGAUGUCAGCAAGGAUGUAGACAUUUCUAAAUGUACGCCUAGUACGAGGGUAGCUCUCAUGAGUGACUCUUACAAACUUCACAAGAUCCUUCCCACGAAAGUUGAUCCCUUGGUUGCUCUUAUGAAGGUAGAAAAGGUUCCCGACUCCACAUAUGAAAUGGUUGGUGGACUGGAGCAACAAGUGAAAGAGGUAAAAGAAGUUAUAGAAUUGCCUAUUAAGCACCCCGAAAUAUUUGAAUCUCUUGGUAUUUCACAGCCCAAAGGAGUGCUGCUUUACGGUCCUCCUGGAACAGGAAAAACACUUUUAGCUAGAGCUGUUGCACACCAUACAGAUUGCACAUUCAUUAGGGUCAGUGGUUCAGAACUGGUACAGAAAUACAUCGGAGAAGGUAGUAGAAUGGUUAGGGAGUUGUUUGUUAUGGCAAGGGCACAUGCUCCUUCGAUCAUCUUUAUGGAUGAAAUAGACUCUAUAGGUUCACAGAGAACUGAUAGUGGUCAUGGAGAUUCGGAAGUUCAGAGAACUAUGCUAGAGCUGUUGAACCAACUCGAUGGUUUUGAACCGUAUCAGAAUAUUAAAGUUAUUAUGUGUACUAAUCGCAUAGACAUCUUGGACGAAGCUCUGCUUAGACCAGGCAGGAUCGAUCGGAAAAUAGAAUUUCCAAAUCCUAAUGCUGAAGCUAGAGCUCAAAUUCUAGCCAUCCACAGUAGAAAGAUGAAUCUCGUAAGGGGUAUAGACUUAGAAAUGAUCGCACGUGAAAUGACAAAUGUGAGUGGUGCUGAGGUUAAGGCUGUCUGUACCGAAGCAGGGAUGUUCGCACUUCGUGAACGCAGAGUACACGUUACUCAAGAAGACUUUUUAAUGGCUGUUGCCAAGGUAAUGAAGAAAGACUCGGAUAAGAAUGUAAGCUUCACGAAAUUGUGGAAGUGAGCAUGUGGUGGAAAGGCAUUUUACUGGUUUCCCAGAUUUA